AUGGCCCCGUGGGUCCGAACGAUCUUCAUCAACCACCCGUUAAAGCUGCUGGUGAUGCGCCGACCCAUCUACCAGCCGCUGCACCAUUUUAGUGCUGCUUCGCAAAGAUUUAUGUUGCGCUCGUGCACGGGAAUGGGCGACAACAUCCCACCGCUACCGCCAACGAUUGCGUUCGAUCCCUCGGUGCUGCUCGAUCAUCAUCUGCUCGAUUCCAGUGACAGUACAGCUUCACAAAACUAUUUUCCCGAACCGGAACAGUGCUUCCUGUACGUUAUUUCAUUAUUCAUCCAUGUUCGAGCGAUCCCCUUCCCGAUGAUUACAUUGAGCCCCCAAACUAAGCCCUUGGACAGCGUUCCGUUGAUGCCAAGAACGGUGUUUUGUGUUACUAGCCGUGUCACUGCAUGGAUUAGGGUGUUGACACCAUUUUAUCGCAUAAACACGUGCCGCCUGCAUGGAAGCCCGACGCAUCAUGCCCAUCAUCACCAUGGAGGCGGCCACCAUCAUCACCACCAUCACGGCCUGCGUGGGAUAGACCUGAUGGAUGACUUACCACUGCCCUAUCAAGAUCACAACCAUCACAAUUCCCCGAUGUCGCCGAUAAAUUUAAAUCUCCUGUCAUCGGCGUCGAGCACGGCCGUCCCGAAUCCGGUCACCGGUGGCCUGUCGAGUGCGGGUGCGGCCCUCCUUGAUCCCUCACACCGUUCCAACGGUGCCGAUUAUCAACACCACGGACAGUGGUCUCGGCGGGAGCGGCGGCGGCAGCGGGGUACUGACGGCAAGGACAAGUCCACGCGACCCCGGUGGCUCACAUGUCCCGAGCUGCACAAAGCGAUGGACGGCGUCACGUACAUCGCCGACCACACGCGGAAGGAGGAGGAGAGUACGAGGGUAAAGGAAGACUGGAAGUUCGUGGCCAUGGUGCUAGAUCGGCUAUUUCUGUGGAUCUUCACCAUCGCGGUAGUGUUCGGGACGGCCGGCAUCAUCCUGCAGGCGCCCACCCUCUACGACACCCGAGUGCCGAUCGAUAUCAAGAUGUCGGAGAUUGCAACGACGACUGCGAAACCGUACAUUGCCAAACCAGUGUUAUAA